AAAAAAAAAAGAAGAGGGAACAGCAGAAGGCGACAGCAAACAACAGCCAGACCAAACGACCGAUCGCUAGCUCCAGUUCCCCCCGAAUUGUGUGUCUUGUUAUCCGCUGCGGCCUCUAGUCGUCAUUAUCAUCCUGCCAGUCAAGAGCGACGCCUGUCCUGUGUUGUGCUGCCAACAGGGUGCCCCCCAGCUAUGACGCACAUGCCAUGGUAGCUCGGCCCGCCCUGAGCCGACCCAACACCCAGCUUGAGACCCCGCUGCUUCCAACAUCUUGACAUGCUUCCACGGCCUCCGCCAUACCUCCGAGUGGGCUCAAGCUCGUUGCUGCUUUCUCGGCCCCUCCUCGGCUGCCCCGCCGUCUGGGCCCCUCGCUGUGGCUCAACCGUUAGCCAUGGCCGCAGACCCGUGAGCUUGGGCGCUUCCGAGCUUCGUGCGCCAGGGGCGCCGUCGAGGCGGCACUUCUCCGCCACUCGGCCCAGGCUCGAGAUCCGUGACGUGUCUGCGCUCCCCGACCGCAUCAUCCCCAAGUACCAAGAGAGGGCUGCUUCGUCGCUGCUGCUGCUGCACUGGCCCCAGCCGCCGCGCAAUAUUCUCUUGAUCCCAAAGCUACACGCCCCGCAGGUCACCCUCUCGGCCGUCGCCUUCGCUAAGCACCUGCAUAGCAACUACCCCAACCUCAAUCUCGUCUUCGAGAGCCGCAUCGCCAGCGCCAUCCAUGAGAGCCUGCCCUUCCCCAUCUACACCACCAGCGGCGGUGACCCAAGCCUCCAGUUCCCUAACAAGAUUGACCUCGUCACCACCCUCGGCGGCGACGGCACCAUCCUUCGCGCCGCGAGCCUGUUCUCAUUGCAGGCCAGCGUGCCCCCUAUUCUUUCCUUCAGUAUGGGGUCGGUCGGCUUUUUGGGCGAGUGGAAGUUUGAGGAGUACAAGCGCGCCUGGAGGGAGGUCUACAUGAGCGGCAGCGGCGUCGAGGUCGAGGACCUGUACGCGCCGCACACGCAGACGGCAGCCGGCGUCCUGGGCAACGGCGCCUCAUCGCCCACACCCACCGUCUCCCGCAUCGGCGAGGAUGCAUCCCCUCACCCACCAUCGGGCUGGGAGGGCCACCCGGGAAAGAGCAUGGGGCCCAGCCGCACCUCCAAGAUACUGCUGCGACAUCGGCUGAAGGUGGGCGUCUACGACGAGCACGGCGUCAACAUCAACAGCCAGCUGAUGCCCACCUCGACCGCCGAGCCUCAAAACCACCAUGACGACGACCACGACGAAAAUGCGGCGCGCCCGCCUCCUUCCUCGGCCUCGCCCUACCCCUCGUCUGCCUACAACAGGGCGACACCAUCGGGCAUACAUGCCAUCAACGAGCUCCUCAUCCACCGCGGCCCUCACCCCCACCUCGCCAUCAUCGAUAUCUACCUCAACAACCACUUCCUGACCGAGGCCGUCGCCGACGGCAUCCUGAUCAGCACGCCCACGGGUUCGACGGCCUACUCGCUCAGCGCUGGCGGAUCCAUCAUCCACCCGCUAGUCGGCUCCCUCCUCAUCACCCCCAUCUGCCCGCGCAGCCUCAGCUUCCGGCCCUUGGUCCUGCCGCUCAACACAAAGGUCACCCUGCGGCUCAGCGACAGGAACCGCGGCCGCGAGCUCGAGGUCAGCAUCGACGGCAAACGCCGCGCCGGCGUCGGCAUCGGCAUGGAGGUCCACGUCGAGGGCGAGACGGUCGGCCGUUCUAGCGAUGGCUCCUGGAGGGGCGGCGUCCCCUGUGUCAUCCGCGCUCCUGGCAAGGCCGACGUCGAGGGCAUCAGCGACGACGACGACGGUUGGGUCGGCGGCCUAAAUGGGUUGCUCAAGUUCAAUUACCCCUUUGGCGAGGCUGGUCACUGACGGCUUUUUUACCACUAUUUUGGGGUUUAUGACACUUUUUAACAAAGAAAACAACAAGAGGUACUUGUACAUAUAGAUACCCGAGCACAGAGUGGGUGCUGAUCAUGUAUGAGAUCACUUAUGGCGUUAUACUUUUUCAAUUUUCGGCAGUGACGAAGAUUUCCGAACGAUGCGCAUCAUGCUUAAACUCCACUUGACAAUAGGAGUACACCCGGAAACAGACCCACGCCCACUACAAAGAAAAUGGCAGUUCCUUCGAGGAAUAUGAAUAGGAAUAGUAAGUACGGAACUACUAAAAAUAAAAAGGAAAAGAAAGAGAAAAUACGAAUAGCAAUAGGAAUGAUAGCAGGAAAAAAAUAAGAAUAGGACAGCUUACGGCACUGACAAGUUCACUUAAUCUUUAGAACCUCCUAUGCAAAACCGCCGUUUUGUUUUUGUGGUGGUCGUGACACCCAAGACGGAGUAGCGCAAUAUUUACAUGUAUGACCUAAACCCUUCAACGCGCUCUUUCCCCCGCUUAGAACCGCUUUUGAUAUCACCCAUUCUCCUUUGUUGAAAGUCUCCCGUCAACUUGGAGCUGGACUCCCCCGACUUUAGCCUCAAAGGUGGUAAAUGACG